AUGUCUAUGAAGGAGAAGCAGAUUGAUGCGAAAUUUUGGUGGCAGGAAGAGCACAUAUUUGUGGUCACAGCGUUGUUGUCGGGAAGCAAACUUAAGCUGCAACAAAACUCAGCUGCCCGCAAACUCCAUUCUGUUCCCGCGGUCGUUCCGCAUACACCUCUUAUUUUCGCGUAUGAUGGUACCGCUGUGAGAGGGAACAUUCACAGUUUCGCGCGGGAUCCGACUCAGACUGCCUCGCUAGAACUUGCCAAUAUGCACAUCAAGAAUGUUAUAAUUGAUGGCUUCAAAUCCUAUGGAAAACGGACUGAAGUCAAAGAAUUUGAUCCCCAGUUCAAUGCCAUAACUGGAUUGAAUGGGACUGGAAAGUCAAACAUUUUGGAUUCUAUAUGCUUUGUCAUGGGGAUCUCCAAUCUUUCUCAGGUGAGGGCUACAAAUCUCACUGAAUUGGUGUACAAGAGUGGGCAGGCAGGAGUGAACAAGGCAACUGUGACAAUCCAAUUUGAUAACCGUGACAAGUCACAGUCACCAAUUGGUUAUGAGCAGUAUGACGAGAUCAACAUCACUCGACAGGUUGUGAUUGGUGGGAAGAACAGGUAUCUGAUCAAUGGAGUGAAUGUGCAAAACAAUAAAGUCCAGGAUCUCUUUCGCUCUGUUCAGCUGAAUGUCAACAAUCCCCACUUUCUUAUCAUGCAAGGUCGAAUCACAAAAGUUCUGAACAUGAAACCUCCAGAGAUACUGGGGAUGCUUGAAGAGGCAGCUGGUACCAAGAUGUACGAAGCAAAGAAGAUACAGAGUAUUAAAACUAUUGAAAAGAAGAAUGCCAAAUUGGAUGAAAUCAAUGCAUUAUUGAAUGAGACAGUGACCCCACUGUUGACGAAGCUGCAGGCUGAGAAACAACAGUAUAUGGAGUACACUAAGUUGGACAAGGAUCUCAACAAUCUCACACAGCUCUAUGUUGCCUAUAUGUUUGUUACAGCUAAGGAUGAGAGUGAGAAAUUGUCCAAGGAGCAUGAAAAGGAGAGUGGAAGCAGAAAGGGACAUGAAGACAGGAUCCGAGAAAAUGAAGAGACGCUCAAGACACUGGAGAACAUGGCAAAGGAUCAAGUGAGAGAUGAAGGAUAUUGCUUCCUGCAGGAGAGUGGAAAGAAACUAGAAGAGCUGGAGAAAGCACAGUCAGAUAAGCAGAAGCAAGAGGCACGUGUGGAGGGAGACCUACAGGAUGUCCGCUACAAGCUCAAAGCCGAAAAAAACAAACUUAAGGGCUUGGAGAAGGGUCUUCAAGAUGACAAGGGAAGUCUUGCUACCAAGGAGGCCCAAAAGUCUCGCAUGGAAUCACUGUUUGAGGAAUUGCGCUCCAAUGAGAAGCGGGAUGCUGAGGAAUUGGAGAAGGCAAGAAAGCGCUUCCAGGCUGUCUCAUCUGGUCUUUAUUCUGGUGGGGAUGAGGGUGAUGCUGCCUCCCUUCAGCAGCAGAUCAUGGAUGCUGAGGCAAAAAUAAGCAGUGCAGAGACAGAGCACAGGAUGUGUGGCUCCCGCUUGAAACAUGCACAAGAAGACCUGCGAGAAAAAGAGGGACAGGCCAAGCGUCGGCAGAGUGGUGGCAAUCAGGAUGUGCAGGAUCUGGAACGUGGGAAGAAGGAGAUCCAGGCACUCCAGCACCAGCUGGGGAGACUCAGUUAUAGAGAGGGACAGAGGGAAGAGCUAGAGGCACGGCGAAAUGCUCUCUCACAGGAUAUUCGACGCCUUCAGCAUCAGGUUAACUCUCUGGAAUCCAGAUGCUGUAAAGUUCAGGAAGCUCUUAAGCAACAUUUUGCUGUAUUUGACAGCUUUCCCUAUCUGAAUUUUCGCUACAAGGACCCUGCACCCAAUUUUGACCGGAGUCGUGUCAAAGGGGUCUUGGCGAAGCUCUUUCAAAUUCACGAUCCUCGCUUUGCAGAGGCAUUACAAGUUACUGCUGGUGGAAAGCUGUACAAUGUGGUGACAGACACAGAGGUGACCAGCAAGCUGUUGAUUGAUCGUGGCCAGCUAACCAGUCGAACCACCAUCAUCCCUCUCAACAAAAUCUCCAGCUCCCGCAUCUCAGAUGAAAAGAUCCGGGCUGCUCAGCGCCUUGUGGGGAAGGAGAAUGUAUGGCCAGCCCUGAGCCUGAUCUCAUAUGACAAGAGCCUUCAUCCUGCCAUGCAAUGGGUGUUUGGCAAUACAUUUAUUUGCACAGACAUGAGCGUGGCCAAGCGUAUUGCCUAUGACAAAAGCAUCAGGACCAUGUGUGUUACGCUUGAUGGGGAUUCCUGCAAUCCCAUGGGAACUCUCACUGGAGGUGCCAGGUCAAAGGGCCAAUCAGUCUUGGCUCAACUGUACCAAUUAAAGAAUUCCAUCCAGGAGUUAGAUGAGAAGGUGAAGGGACUUGAAGAUGUUGAGCGCCAGCUGACCAGCAUCAUGGCAAUAUCAGAAAGCAUAAAAUGGACAAAUUUAGAGCUUCUCAUGAAUCUGUAUUUCGAGAACAGGUGGAAUGCAUUGAAGGAGCAAGUAGAACUGAAGAGCACAGAGGUUGAAUUGCUGGAGGAUCGUGUCAAGAGCUCCAAAUCCCACAGGGAUCAAGAGGAAAUUGAUGAGAUCAAAGCACAAAUUGAGGAGGAGAAGGCAAAGAUGAAGAAGCUGGAGGAGGAGAAGAAAGCAGCUCAGACAAGGCUGAAAGAGGUUCGGAGCAAGAUGGCAGACAUAGCCUCCCUUCAAGAGAGGGAGAUGAAAGCAGCGAAGGAGCACCUGAAUGCUUGUCAGAAGGCUGCCACCCUCUCACAUCAGAAAUGGAAGGAGAAGGAGCAGGAUGCAGACACACUGGCACUUGAGGUUCAGGAGCUGGAGAAGGCCAUCACAUUGGGUGAAGAGAUGAUUGCCAAUUGUCAUGUUGCUAUCCAGGCCCUCACUGAACAGGAGGAAGAAGCCAAAAAGAGACUCGAUGAGGCCAAGGCAGAAGUGAAGGAUUGCAAACAGGCAGUGCAGGAGCAGAAGCAACGCUUGGCUGCUGCAACUCAUGAGGUCCAAGCUGCAGUGCGCAAGGCAGAGAAGCUCAAGAAGGAGAAUAAUGAACUGGAACUCCAACUGAAGCAACAGGAGUAUCAAAUCCAGAAGCUGGCCUCUGAAGCCAAGGCUGCUUCUCAGAAGGUUCAACAACUGCUAUCACAGCAUCAAUGGAUCAGAGACCAGCAGAAAUUCUUUGGGAAGCCUGGAAGUGCAUUCGACUUCCAAGCCAAGAAUCCUAUUGAGGCUGGCAAAAAGAUCAAUGCCCUCCAGGAGAAGAAGUCUCAGUUGGAGAAGAACAUAAAUGUAGAUGCCGUAACCCUUAUUGAGCAGACAGAAAAGGAGUACAAAGACUUGCUUACAAAAAAGGCUCAGGUGGAAAAGGAUAAACAGAAGAUUGAGGACUUCAUGCGGGACCUUGACGAGAAAAAGACUGAGGUCCUCCGCACAGCCCACCUCAGGGUUAAUCGGGAUUUUGGUACCAUCUUCUCCACGUUGCUCCCUGGGAGCCAGGCACGACUUGAUCCACCCGAGGGACAGAAUGUACUUGAUGGCCUUGAAAUCAAGGUUGCAUUUGGAGGAUCAUGGAAAGAGAGUCUAAAUGAGCUCAGUGGGGGGCAGCGGAGUCUGGUGGCCCUCUCAUUGAUCCUAGCUAUGCUCCUCUUCAAGCCAGCUCCCAUCUACAUCCUUGAUGAGGUGGACUCUGCCCUUGACCUAUCCCACACCCAAAACAUCGGACGCAUAAUCAAGUCUCACUUUAUGCACUCCCAGGAGAAUGGCAACAAGUUUAAAAUGCUCUCUCUCUUUCAGUUCAUCAUUGUGUCACUGAAGGAUGGGAUGUUCAACAAUGCCAAUGUCCUGUUCCGCACUCAGUUUGUGGAUGGGAACUCUGCAGUGAUCCGGCAAGCCCUGCGAUGA